UCAGUGUCAGACUGUUGAUGAGCCUCUUCCCAGCUAUAAUAGGAAUUUUGCUGCAGUCCUGGAUGGAGCAAAAGGCCACAGUGAUGAUAACUAUGAAGAACCUGAACUUGAGAUGGUAGAAGCAUGGCAGCCGAUCAAAAUUUUGCCAGCCAGGGCUAUAAGGGAAUCUGAAUAUGCAGAUACACGUUAUUUCAAGGCUGUGAUGGACCUUCCUGUAGACCCCGAGACCUCUGUCUUCAUUGAGGAGAAGCCCUGGAGCACACCAGUGAAACCGGAAGAAGAGGACGAACCCAUUUCCAAGGACACCAGAAGCCAACAUAUCAAAGGAGACAAACUCAUAAAAGAAGCCAAGAUUCCUUUACCACCUCCUCGGCCUCCCAUCGCUCUUCCGAGGAAGUACCAGCCCUUGCCCCCCACGCCGGAGAGCAGCAAGUCACUUUUUCCUCAGAGACACACCUUUCCUGAAGCCUGGAGAGGACCCAGAAACAUGAGCUUAAAGAACUUAAGAGAGGUCCUUGGAGCAGAGGAAGUGCCUCAUCAUCACAUGAAGCCUGAAUUGUCUCAGCUGCCACAAAACCAAAAUAGUCAAGAGGUUCCUCUUGGCGUUGCCAGCUGUUCAUUCACUGAGACCAACCACAGCGUGCAAAGCAAAGUUCAUAAAGGAAGCCUGAAGUCCUGUUCUCCUCAGCAACGCCAGUCUCCAGUCAGUCACAGUUCUCAUGAGGAGAAGCUACCUGAUAAAAACACAAGUGGGAGAAAGCCUUUCCCCACACAGUCUGAUGAAAAGGAUGUCCAACACCACGACUGGUACAUUGGAGAAUACAGUCGCCAGGCAGUAGAAGAGGCGUUAAAAAAGGAGAACAAGGACGGUACUUUCUUGGUCCGAGAUUGUUCCUCAAAAUCCAAGGCAGAGCCCUACGUUUUGGUGGUGUUUUAUGGAAACAAAGUCUAUAAUGUGAAAAUCCGCUUCCUGGAAGCGAAUCAGCAGUUUGCCCUGGGGACAGGACUCAGAGGAAACAAGAAGUUUGAUUCCGUGGAAGACAUCAUUGAACACUACAAGUAUUUUCCUAUUACACUGGUUGACGGGAGGGAUAAAAGCGGUGCCCACAGGGGGCAAUGCUACCUGACUCAGCCUGCCCCCCUCCACAGGUUCUUCUUACCUAGGUAGCCUGGCCUUCCUUCCGUCUUCCGCUCAGUGGAUGCCUCUAUGAUUUCUCAUUUAUUUCUGUGUUCACGAGAUUACCUUUUCUGCAAAGAAAAGAAAAACAUUCUAUAAUGGAAACUGGAAAAUCAGUCACGCUUUUGAAAGCUCCAACUACAGAAGAAAUACUUAGAAGAUGCAAAACCGAAAACCAGCUUUGAGAAACUGUCUUCUAAAGAACUAUAAACAUGGUCCUUACGCUCAUGUCUCAGAUGCUCAACAAAGGCUACGGGAAGCUAUUGCUUAUGUUUGCAGCUCGCACACGACAUGUUUAUGUGAGACUCCCAGACCACGCUCUUUCUAGAACAGUGCACUGCUUGUCUUUAUUGCAGAACUGUUUGGGCUUGUGCAUUUACGAUAUUAUGGUGAUUCCUUGUGCUACAGAUGCCGAACGUUAGCUGUAUUUUAUUUGUAAUCCUGGAAAUUCAGUUCUAGGGAAGAAAUGUGGUAUGGAAAACAAGAGCAUUUGUGACUAUCACCCAAAAGAAAGAAAUCAGAAAUACUUUUACUAUGGUGUGAAGUGAUCACAGGACCCAUCUCCAGCAUAAAAAAACAGUUGCCUUCAAGUCAGCUCCGAGUCAUGGUCACCCCAUGUGUAUCAGAGUAGAACUGCACUCCACAGGGUUUGCAAUAGCUGAUUUUACAGAAUUAGAUCUCCAGGCCUUCCUUCUAGGCACCCCUGGUGGACUUGAACAGCAACCAAGCACAUUAACUAUUUGCAGCACCCAGGGACUCUGUUUAAAAUAGUUUUACUCUAAUGGAAUUAACAAAUUCAUCAUAAGGAACUCAGAAGAUGAUAUCCUGCCCUAGUCUUAGGUCAGGCUUAAGCCUAAGUUAAAGUGAAAACAAAAAAUUCCAAUUAUGGAAUUCCAUUCAGUGGUCGAGAAGAGCGCUCCUCAAUUUAGUGCUAAUAUUUCGCAGUUACAUUGGAUGGGUCAUAAUUUCAUUCUUGUUUUAUAUAAUACAAAUGGGGAAACUGAGGCUCAAAGAGGUUAUUUAUUUAUGCAGUGUGCCUGGAGAUCCCAGAUCUUAGUCCAUUUUGCCUGGCCCUAUACCACAGCUUGUUCCAAGGUGCAGUCUCUGCCCUGUGGCAUUUGACAAUGGAAUUGAGGAGCUAAAUUUAAAGAGAAGGGUUUUAAAAAUACCAACUUACCCACUUUUAAAUAAAUGAAUUAAUGAGCUCUUGUAGAGUGGUAGGUUAAAACACAAAUGGGUUACUGUUGAAAUUAAUGGUACACAAUUAUUUCAAACAUUACCAGAGCCUAGGUGUGCAAUUCAUGGGUGUUUAUGAAUCGUAGGAGCCCCCAGGUGCGGCUGCUAACCAAAAGGUUGGCAGUUCAAAUCUAUCAACUGCUCCCUGUAAACCUUAUGGAGCAGUUCUACUCUGUCUUAUCGGGUCGUUAUGAGUCUGAAAAGACUCAACGGCAAUGGGUUUGGUUUUUGGUUUUUCUGGGUAUUGCAAAUUGUUGACAUGCUCACUGCUAACCAGAAAGUGAAGGUUGGAGUCCACCCAGAGGUGCCUCAGAAGAAAUGCCUGGUGAUUUAUUUCCAAAAAUUCAGUCACUGGAAACCCUAUGGAGCACAGUUCUACUCUGACACACAUGGGGUUGCCAUGAGUAGGAAUCAACCUGAUGGUAACAUUGUGUUUUGGGUUUUUGUUUUAUUUUUUGCUGUUGUUGUUUUGAGGGGGGGGUAUGUAAUUGUAUCUUUAAUACAAAACUAAAAUCAAAAAAGCAAAAAAAUCAAUGAAAACCACAUAAAUAAUGCCCAGGAUUAUCUCUAAAAUAGCAAAGAGUACUCUUGUGAGACACUCUUAGCAUCUACCAAAGCAUCAAGCAAUGGCAGAGACACUCUCUUUAAACAGAAUCAAAUAUGAAGAAAUGCCUCCUAAGUUCCAUCAGGACCAUCAGUUGAAGGAGCUCCUUGUAAAGUUUGAACUCUUGCUGAACUAUGGUCCAAGAGACAAGAAUACUUAAAUUGGAGCUUGGCUACUAAUGAACAGUUUGAUCAGAGCUGAAGGAAGUAUGACUAUUGGUCACUCUCCGCUGGUCUUUAGCCAGCCAGCAUGGAAAGAAAGACUCUACAGAGAGGUUCCAGGCUCAUGUGCAGAAGGAAUCUGUCAGUCACCUUAAAAGGUAUUGGGAGAACAACUACUGGUCUCUACUCAUCUGGAGCAAAAGAGAAAGAAGUGAACCAAAGAUUCAAAGAAGAAACUAGUCUUUAGGACUAAUGGCCUACACAAACCACGGUCUCAUCUAGCCUGAGACCAGAAGGACUUAGAUGGUGCUCAGUAACCACUACCAACUAUUCUGACCAGGGACACAAUAGAUGGUUCCAGAUAGAAUGGGAGAAAAGCCUAGAACAAAAUUCAAAUUAAAAAAAAAAAAAAGGCCAGAUUUACUGGACUGAUAAGAGACUAGAGGAACCCCUGAGACUAUAGCCCUGAGAUACCCUUCAAACUUUGAACUGAAUCCACUCCUGGAGGUCACCUUUCAGCUAAAUAAGAAACUGACUCACAAAAUAAACAAUAUCACCCGUGAGUACUGUGCUUCUUUAAAAAAGAAAUCAUUGAUAUGAAACCAAUGGUCAACAUUACCCUAAAGCAAAGAUGAGAAAGUCGGGGGGGUGGGGGGCAUGAAAACUAGAUCAAUAGAAACACAACAACCAGAACAGAAAUAAUUAGAAUGUUGAUGCAGUAUGGAAAAUGUAAGCAAUAUCGCUGAACAAUAUGCAUAGAAAUUGUUAAACGGGAACCUAUUUCACUGUGUAAACUUUCAUCAAAAACACAAUAAAAUAUUUAAAGGAAAAAAAAAAAGCUACUGGGAGUUUACCAAGGUCUUCGAUUUACCAAUUCACUGAAGCCGUGCCAUUCAAUGCUUGUUCUCAAGAAAUAUUUCUGGGUCUCCUUAAGAAUGUUAUGCGUGAGGUUGAUGAGCAUCAAAUGGUUAACAUUCUGAAGACUGUUUUCAAAGGCGUUAUCGCCUCUUAUUCAGAGGUACAUGACAUAAUGUUAGAGGAAAAAGAAGUAAAAAUCAGCCAUCUUAAAACUCUCGCAAUAUUUAUACAUAUGAAAAUCUCUGGAAAGAAAUACAAGAUUCAAAAUAUUGACAGGGAUUGAUUCAGAUGAUUGGGAUUUGAGGAACUGUAUUAAUUGAGUCCUCUGGCAGCCAGAUGUCAAGAUGGAGUUGUUUUAGAUACCACGGAAUCAGUUCUAACCCAUAGGGGCCCUAUGUACUACAGAAAGAAACACUGCCCAGUCCUGCACCAUCCCCACAAUCAUUGCUAUGUUUGAGCCCAUCGUUGCAGCCACUGUGUCAAUACAUCUCGUUGAGAACCUUCCUUUUUCCCUGACCCUCUACUUUACCCAGCAUGAUGUCCUUCUCCAGGGACUGAUCCCUCCUGAUAACAUGUCCAAAGUACAGGAAGUGAAGUCUCACCAUGCUUGCAUCUAAGGAGCAUUCUGGCUGUACUUCUUCCAGAAUAGAUUGAUUUAUUCUUCUGGCAGUCCAUGGUAUAUUCAAUAUUCUUUGCCAGCACCAUAAUUCAAAUGCAUCAAUUCUUCUUCAGUCUUCUUUAUUCAUUGUCCAGCUUUCCCAAGCAUAUGAGAUGGUUGAAAACACCAUGGCUUGGGUCAGGCGCACCUUAGUUCUCAAGGUGACAUCUUUGCUUUUUAAUACUUUAAAGAGGGCUUUUGUAGCAGGUUUGCCCAAUGCAAUUUGUCCUUUGAGAGGAAAAGCCUCAGACUGUGAUGCACCUCUGGGAAAGUUUUGGCCGACCCAAUGGAAUUCCUGGGUGGUACAAACAGUUGACAUGUUUAGCUAAUAACUGAAAGGUUGGAGGUUCAAGUCCAACCAGAGGCCUCUUGGAAGAAAGGCCUGGCAAUCUACUUCUGAAAAAUCAGUCAUGAAAACCCUAUGGAACACAGUUCUACUCUGACACACAUGGAAUCACCCCAAGUUGGAAUCGACUUGACAGCAACUGGAAAUGGGGAGCUCCAGAGCAAAGACUGCUCAUAAAGGAGAGAGACUCACAUUGGGCAGAAAUGGCCAGGCCCUGGUAUCCCAGCAUGCCCAGUCACUGCUGGGCUGCCCAGGAAAAGCAGGAUCUUCAAAUGCUUUGGGGGAUCCAGAGGGCCCCAAAGCUGGAGGCUGUCAGCCCAUUUGCUGAUCAUCAAAUUCUUCAUUGAAGGGAGACCAAGCAGCCCACCUCCACGCUUGCCACAGUGACAUUGUGUUUUCAAAGCUGAUUGUAAUAAGCACAUUUUGCUUGUCAUAGAUUGCUAAAGAUGAAGACGUUUAAAUUUUAACGGUGUUUGAUUCCCCCAGAAGUUCAGUAAAGAAGGCAGGAUCCUAAUACACGCAGCAACGUGGAUAAACCUUGAAAACAUCAUGCUGAGUGAAAUAAGUCAGUCACAAAUGGACAGAUAUCAUAUGAUCCUACUCCUAGGAAAUAUCUUAAAUAGGCAAGUGUAUACAGACCGUAGUUUAUUAAUGGGUACCAGGCAUGGGUGGGAGGGAAGGGGAAUGGGGGACCCACUGCUUAAAGGACACUGAGCUUCUGUUAAAGGUGAAGGAAAAGUUUGGAAAUGGAUAAUGGUGAUGCUUGCACAAUGUAACGAACAUAAUUAAUGUCACAAAUUGUACAUGUAAAGAAUGUUGAAAUGGCAAAUGUUUUGUUACAUAACUAUAUAAUACAAAAAAAAAAAAAAAGAAGGCAGGGUAGAUAUUCUUAACCCAUUUUAUAGCUUACGAAAUUGUGCCCCAUUGGCCCAAAGCUUUACGGUGACAUAGUUUUCACCUGAUCCACGGUCCUCCUGCGUAAUUCUCCUCUCCAGGGUCUAGCUGCUUGAUUGCAUCUGUAAUUGAAAGUUUAGUGAUUUCAGCUUGGUAUGCUCAAAUUUCAAAGUGUAUUAAUCCCUCUUCAACCAUUAUUUCAUCAUCAGUUUAAAAGUGUCACUUGAUACCUAGCUUCAAUAGAGUAGGGGAAUGUUAGCUUUAUACGAUUACAGCACCCAUGCGUUCAAGAUAUUUCCUUUUGGCCAAAUAAUUCCCAUUCUGGAUCAAUUUCUAUCUCCCUCAUCUUUAACAAUGCACUGUUAUAAGCACCUGUGUGUGUACUGCAGGUACGUUCAUUCUUGAAAAACGUGUCUAAAAAUGAGCAUACUUUCAUGGCUGUGCUAAGUUUUGUACAUUUCCCACUGAAACAUCUCUCACUUAACCAUUCAUCAGCCAGACUCUUCCAGAACCAUUCCUUCCACCCCUACGGUUGUCGUUCAGAUGCCCAGCAGUACUGGCCAGUAAGUUUUUCCUUGAAAGAUAGCUGCUGUCUCUUCCUCAAAAAUGCAACCAGAGACAUUGUUGUGUUGCUCAGUCUCUUCGGUAUGUAACACAGAGCUUACAGGAGGCAGAAGCGUGGUUCAUCUUCUGCAUGGUGGUUCCUCUGGAGAGCUGCCCAAGUCCUAACUGGCAGUUGGGCUGACCCAGCUUGGGUUUAGCACUAAACCUGGGAGAACAGACCCAGGAUAAAGUAGGGGAAAGAAUUUUGCCAAAGGGCAACACAGAACUUUCUUUGGGAAGCUAUCCUAUUGAACUUAGAGUGGAAAAUAUGGGCUAAUUUAAAUAUGACCUAAAUUGUCCAAGUGAUACUAAAAUCUUUCAUUUACUUCUUAUACCCCGUUUCUAUAUGCAAGUUAGAAGAGGAACAUCCUAUGUUUAACUUGGUUUGUGAAUAAAAUCCUAGUAGAGAAAUAACCAUAGCGAUUCAGCCCAUGAUAAUCAAGGAUGAAAGUUCACUAAAUGCAUUAGUUUCUUUUUUUCAACAGUAAUGAUUAUGAUCCACUAAAGGGUGGCCUUGACUCUUAGUAAUUGUAAAAUAUGAAUAAAGAAAUCAAUGGCAAAAUAAGCUUAAAUUGUUCCCUGGGUAGGGUGGAAUAGAUACAGAUCAUAAAACAUGGUCGCAUUGGGCCUCAAUUUCAUAGGGAAUGGGAAAAAUGUGGCCAAAGAGGAAAAAAAAAUUAUAAAUAAAUUUCCUACGGGAGGAAAAUGAGUUUUACGUACUCUUCUCUCAGUUCAGCUUUUUCCAAAUUGUAUGAUGUAGAUGGUGCUUCUUGAAGAAAAGAAGAAAGGCAGUUCUUGGUUAAAUAGUGCCUGAGGGGUGGUGCAGUUAACAUGCUCAACUGCUAACCGAAAGGUUGGAGGUUCAAGUCCACCCAGAGGUGCCUUGGAAGAAAGGCCUGUUGAUCCACUUCUGAAAAACAGCCAUAGAAAACCCGAUGGAGCAGAAUUCUACUCUGACACACAUGAAACAGCCAGGAGUCAGAGUUGACUUGAUGGCAACUUUUUUUUCUUGUUGUUAAAUUUGGAAAAUUCUGCUACGAGAUCCUCAUUUUGCAAAAUGACGAUGCUCUUUAUUCUAUCAGAGACUGUCAUUCCCCAGGUAUUUGCUGAACUACAGUUAUGCGUUGUCGUUGUUGUUAGGUGUCCUCGAGUUGAUUCCGACUCAUAGCGAAUCCUAUGUACAACAGAAUGAAACACUGCCCAGUCCUGAGCCAUUCUCACUAUCCUUGUUAUGUUUGAGCCCAUCGUUACAGCCACUGUCUCAAUCCAUCUCAUUAAGGGCCUUCCUCUUUUUCCCUGGCCCUCUACUUUACCAAGCCUGAUGUCCUUCUCCAGGGACUAGUCCUUCCUGAUAACAUGUCCAAAGUAUGUGGGAUGAAAUCUUACCAUCCUUGCUUUCAAGGAGCAUUCUGGCUGUACUUCCUCCAAGACAGAUUUGUUCGUUCUUCUGGCAGUCCAUGGUAUAUUCAAUAUUCUUCUCCAACAUUAUGAUUCAAAGAUGUUGGUCUUCCUUACUCAUUGUCCAGCUUUCCAAUACAUUUGAGUCGAUUGAAAAUACCAUGGCUUGGAUCAAGUGCACCUUAAUCCUUAAAGCAACAUCUUUGAUUUUUAACACAUUAAAGAUGUGUUUUGCAGUGGAUUUGCUCAAUGCAGUAUGUUGUUUGAUUUCUUUGCUGCUUCCAUGGGCAUUGAUUGUAGAUCCAAGUAAAAUGAAGUCCUUGACAACUUCAGUAUUUUCUCCAUUUAUCAUGAUGUUACUUAUUGAUCCAGUUGUGAGGAUUUUUGUUUCCUUUAUGUUGAGGUACAAUCCAUACUGAAGACUGUAGUCUUUGAUCUUCAUCAGUAAGUGCUUCAAGUCCUCUUCACUUUCAGCAAGCCAGGUUGUGUCAUCUGCAUAUCAUAGGUUGUUAACCAGUCUUCCUCCAAUCCUGAUGCCACAUUCUUCUUCAUAUAGUCCAGCUUCUCCGAUUUGCUCAGCACACAGAUUGAAUAAGUAUGAUGAAAGGACACAACCCUGAUGCAUACCUUUCCUGACUUGAAACGACACAGUAUCCCCUUGUUCUGUUCAAACAACUCUCUUGGUCUAUAUACAGGUUCUGCAUGAGCACAAUUAAGCGUUCUGGAAUUCCCAUUCUUCCAAAUGUUAUCCAUAGUUUGUCAUGAUCCACACAGUCAAAUGUCUUUGCAUAGUCAAUAAAACACAGGUAAACAUCUUUCUGGUAUCCUCUGCUUUCAGCCAGUAUCCAUCUGACAUCAGCAACAAUAUCCCUUGUUCCAUGUCCUCUUCUGAAUCUGGCUUGAAUUUCGGGCAGUUCCCUGUUGAUGUACUGCUGCAAUCACUUUUGAAUGAUUUUCAACAUAGUUUUAUUUGUGUGUGAUGUUAAUGAUAUUGCUAGAUAAUUUUUGCAUUUUGUUGAAUUACCUUUCUUGGCCAGGCAUCUGACCUCCAAGUUUAUUAGCAGAGAUGAGUGAGCACCUCCAGUGCUGCUUCCAUUCAUUGAUACAUCUCAGUUGGUAUUCUGUCAAUUCCUGGAGCCUUGUUUUUUGCCAAUGUCUUCAGUGCAUCUCGGACCUCUUCUUUCAGUACUAUUGGUUCUUGGACAUAUGCUGCCUCCUGAAAUGGUUGAAUAUCAACCAAUUCUUUUUGGUACAGUGACUCUGUGUAUUCCUUCCAUCUUCUUUUGAUGCUUCUUGCAUUGUUUAAUAUUUUCCCUGUAGAAUCCUUCAACAUUGCAACUCAAGCCUUGAAUUUUUUCUUCAUUUCUUUCAGCUUGAGAAAUGCCGAAUGUGUCUACCCUUUUGGUUUUUCUAACUCCAGGUCUUUGCACGUUUCAUUAUAACCCUUUACUUUGUCUUCUCGAUCCGUCCUUUGAAAUCUUCUGUUCAGCUCUUUUACUUCGUUAUUUCUUCCUUUUGUCUUAGCCACUCUACGUUCAAGAGCAAGUUUCAUAGUCUCUUCUGACAUCCAUUUUGAUCUUUUUUCUUUUUGCUGUCUAGACACUAUUUUAGAUGUUGGAAUUAUAGCAGUGAAAGUGUGGGAGGGACAGGCAGCAAACAAGUAAACAAAUUAGAUAAUCUAAGUUGGUUUUCCAUAACUUUGUUGUAUUUCCAUUUUAGCUUUUAUCACGGCAUGCUGGUGGGUGAGGUCAGUAUUAGAUAGUUUGGUAAAGUCCCUUUGAGAUAGCUUUGAAAGUUAUGAAUCAUUAAAUUUUCCCAGGCUUACUUAACCAAGAACUUCCUGUCUUUGGUAUAUAUACAUGUGUAUAUGUGUGUGAGUAUGUCUGUGUGUGUAACCACAUCAUGGCUGCAAUCGAUUAAAUCUUCUGUUCUAAUUACUAUAAAAACCUAUUGCCAUCGUGUUUAUUCCAACUCAAAUCAACCCUAUAGGAUAGAGUAGAACUGCCUCAUAGGAGUUCAAAGACUAUAAUAUUUACAAAAGCAGAUUGUCACAUCCUUCUCCCAUAGAGCGACUGGUGGGUUCAAACUGCCCACCUUCGAGUUAGCACCUGAAAACUUAUCCAUUGCACUACCAUGGCUCCUUCUAAUUACUACUCAGGGAUCAAAGUUACCCGAUCAUCAAAUUUACCCCAUUGUCGUAUGUGUGUAUACACAUAUACGCAUUUUUAUAAGACAGCCUAUAUUUUGUAUGAUUAGCAUUGUAUUUGUGUAUCUAUUGUUAUUUGUAUCCUAAGUAAUAUUUGUUCCAACUAAGCACAUUUACUUUCCUUGAACAUUCAUGAUUAAUUAAAUAAAACAAAAUAUGUAAUUAAAUGUCAAAUUUUCUCCAUUACUAAGCAUUAUAAAAUAAAAUUGAAAACGUAGUUUAAUUUUGUAGGCUUAGUGUGCCUUACUUAAUCUCUAAGGUCCCUUUUGGGUAGUGUGCCUUUCUUAAUCUCUAAGGUCCCUUUGAAAUCUUAUUUAGGAUAAAUUUCAGGAAAUUUUCUAGAAUAAUUAUUGAUAU